AUGGAAGCAAUGAAAAUCCUAGAAAUAACACUGAGUUCAGGCCAUAAGAUGCCUGGAAUAGGAAUGGGGACCGUGCCACAUCCGCUUCCUCCUUCGGACAGCAGCAUAGUCCCAACCUUAAUCGAGGCGAUUAAGAUUGGCUACCGACAUUUCGACACUGCAGCUAUCUAUGGAUCUGAAGAAUCCGUAGGCCUUGCCGUGAAACAGGCAGUAGAACAAGGCCUGAUAAAGAGUCGCGAAGAGAUGUUCAUUACUUCAAAGCUCUGGUGCACUGAUGCUCAUCCAGACCAUGUACUCCCAGCACUCAACCGCACAUUACAGAGGCUAGGCAUGGAGUGUGUGGAUCUUUAUCUGAUCCAUUGGCCUGCAAGACUGAAAGAAGGAAGCCCCCGCUUCGAUUUUCCGAAAGAAAACAUACUUCCAUUUGAUCUCAUAGGAACAUGGAAGGCCAUGGAGGAGUGUUCCAGGUUGGGGUUAGCCAAGUCUAUUGGAGUCAGCAAUCAUGGACCCAAAAAGCUCUCUCAAAUCCUUCAACAUGCUACCAUCCCUCCUGCUGUCAAUCAGGUGGAAAUGCAUGUUGCAAGGCAACAACAGGAGUUGCUGCAGUUUUGCAAAGACAAAGCCAUACAUCUCACUGCAUGGUCUCCUUUGAGUGCAAAUGGAGCUUUCUGGGGUUCACUUUCAGUAAUGGAGAGUCCAAUUCUCAAGGAAAUAGCAGCCGCAAAACACAAAAGUGUAGCUCAGGUUGCACUGAGAUGGAUAUACCAACAAGGAGCAAGUUUCAUAGUGAAGAGCUUUAACAGCAAGAGGAUGAGAGAGAAUCUUCAAAUCCUUGACUUUGAACUAAGCCAGGAAGAAGUUGAAAAGAUCAAGCAAGUUCCACAACACAAGCCUUUUGCAGGAGAAUGGUUGGUUUACAAAGAUGGCCCCUACAAGUCACUGGAGGAAGUCUGGGAAUAG